GUGCGGACAUCGCGACAACGCCGCAAAGUGCGCGGCGGCGGCAGCGGAGUUAGGCCGGCGACAGGCGGGCGUUUAGUUUGGCUUGGUGUGAUAGAGCGGGCACCGUGGCGGAGCGGCCCUGGCUCUGACCUCUGAAGACAAGCAUGGCAUAUAUGUGUUCUUCACUCUAGGACCAGAGAGCCCAGCCUCAGAGGGGCGUCCAUUAGAACAGAUGAGGAAAAAUGUCUUCAACCUGAGGAUGGCUAGCUGCGGGAACAUUGAUCACGCAUCAAACAUGCUUCCAGGAGGACGGAAGUUAAGUGACUCCUGCACAAGCACAACACCAACCCUGACUGUACCAGAAUGUGCUAUUUGCCUGCAGACUUGUGUUCACCCUGUGAAACUGCCAUGCAAACAUAUCUUCUGUUUCCUGUGUGUGAAAGGAGCAUCGUGGCAGAGCAGGCGGUGUGCCCUUUGUCGGCAGGAAAUCCCCGAAGACUUCCUAGACAAACCUGCUUUGCUGUCCCCUGAAGAGCUGAAGGCAGCGAGCCGGGGCAAUGGCGAGUACGCCUGGUACUACGAAGGCACGAAUGGCUGGUGGCAGUACGACGAACGCACAAGCACGGAGCUGGAGGAUGCUCAUAUAAAAGGCAAGAAGACGAUCGAGAUGCUGAUCGCUGGGUAUUUGUAUGUGGCAGACUUGGAGAACAUGAUUCAGUUCCGGCGUAAUGAGCACGGCCGGCGCAGAAAGAUGAAACGAGAUGUCGCAGAUAUUCCCAAGAAGGGAGUAGCAGGUCUCCGGUUAGACUGUGAUUCCAGUUCGCUGAGUUCAGAAAGGGAGAAUUCUGCCGAUGGAGCAGAUAGUACCGCCGGUGUCGGUUCUGCGCCAGCGUCAACGCAGCCUUCAGCCAGACAGGCACCCUCCCUAGCUGACCAGCCAGAGAGCCCACUCACACCUUCCCCGGAUGUCAAUGUGCAGCUUGUGAACUCACUCGCUCAACUGCAGCUCAGUAGCCACAGGAUGAGUCGGAAUCACAGAGGUGAGGGGGAGGAGCACAGUGCGGCCAGGGUGUCGUAUGAUAACACAGAGUCGGCCACAAGCACUGACGCAGAGGACGAGAAUGCCGGCCUGCUCCAGGAAUCCACAGCCAUUGCCCUCAGUGGGCAAAUACUUGUUUCUCCAACCAAUGAGCGGGAGAAUGAGAUACCAGGAGGUGAGCCAUCCCCAGAAGGAGCAACAAGCAAUGGUCUCAGAGCCAGGGAGCAGCACCCUGAUGGACAGUGCACUGUGACAGAAGUCUAGACAUUUUCAACUUCAAUUCUUUAAAGAACUUAAGGGCAAAUGAGGAAUGUAGAAUUUCUCAGCCAGAAUUGCACUCGUUUAAAAUCAGAACUAAUUUUUAAUUUCCAUCAUUUGGGCAAGAUAGCCUUUUUCUUUUUUGCAAUUUGUAGGUUUCUUUAUGUAGAAGUUGCACGUGAUUGUGGUAACAUUAAAUUUACUUUUAUGUUUUAAUAUUUGUGUUGAAUUUCAAAAUGACUCACUCCCUUUGCAUGUGGUGUGUUAAAUGUGACAUCUGAGCUCAUCGCAAGCACCAGUUGUGCUGGAGGCCUUUCAUUCUCCUUUGUAAAACGCCUCUUGUGAAUAAAAGUCAUUUUCCUGUGAGAAUUAACUGGUUCUAAUCAGACAAAGGAAUUUGGGUUUUAUCUCAUUAUGUAGCCAAAGCUAGAAUCAUUGUUUUCCCUCUUGUUUUGUUUAAUUUAGUUAGAAGAUACAUGACUACAAUUCCCUUAAAAUAUAAUUGUAAUUGAGGCUGGUAAUAGAUGUACAAAUAAUACUGUGUACAUGGUUGAUAUUCAAGUGAAGUGUUAGACAAGUAGAAACAAGUAGUUGAAUUCAAGUUUACAUGAUUCUGACUACAAUAACAGUCAAAUAAAGCUGAAGGUUUUUCUUA